GGAGGCAGUGAUCCACGGUGAUUCGGCGCCGCGCCGGGGGGUGGGGGGGCUGCGCGGGACUCUUUUUUUUCAGACUGACCGCGGGGCAGCUGGGGAGCAUGUCGACCCCGGCCCGGAGGAGACUUAUGCGGGAUUUCAAGCGAUUGCAAGAGGACCCACCUGUGGGUGUCAGUGGCGCACCAUCUGAAAACAACAUCAUGCAGUGGAAUGCAGUUAUAUUUGGACCAGAAGGGACACCCUUUGAAGAUGGUACUUUUAAACUAGUAAUAGAAUUUUCUGAAGAAUAUCCAAAUAAACCGCCAACUGUUAGGUUUUUAUCCAAAAUGUUUCAUCCAAAUGUGUAUGCUGAUGGUAGCAUAUGUUUAGAUAUCCUUCAGAAUAGAUGGAGUCCAACAUACGAUGUAUCUUCUAUCUUAACAUCAAUUCAGUCUCUGCUGGAUGAACCAAAUCCAAAUAGUCCAGCCAAUAGCCAGGCAGCACAGCUUUAUCAGGAAAACAAACGAGAAUAUGAGAAAAGAGUUUCGGCCAUUGUUGAACAAAGCUGGAAUGAUUCAUAAUAGACAACUGGUCUGUUAAUCUUUUUCAUCAUUGUUGUGUAUAAUUUACCUCUCAGUAGAAAGGCUAACAAAUUUUAAGUGCCACAGGUUUUAAGGAUUCUGCAGAAAAAAAAAAGUCCUUCGGUUUAGAACCUACAAAAGCUUGUGUAUCUUGAUUAAUGUACUUUUUAUUGCAUGGUGUGAACUAAGUUAUUGCUUACAUAAAUUUGUAAUAUAUCCUGUUUGUAUUUUUUUCCAAGUGUAUAAUGUUGGUGUGGAGUUUUCAUGACAGAAUAUACACAUUUUGUAAAUCUGUACUUUUUUCAAAUAUUGAAUGCCUUAUUUUUGAAUUCUUUAGAUUUUUAAAUUGGAGAAAAGCACUUAAAGUUUUUUAUAUAUGAAUAUUACAUGUAAAGCUGUUAAAAUACAUAACUUCAGUGCAAGAGACUUUGUCACUUAUUUCCUUAUCUGAGUAGGAGGGGUUAAUAAGUCUCUAGCUCUCCAUCAAUUGAUAGUUUCAUGUCUGAUUUCAAAAGAACAGAUUUAUAUUUUAUCAAGAAAUUCUUCAAAUUCGAUUCUAAACACCAAUUAUAAUCUCAAACUUUAUUUUGAAUGUACCUAUAUUAGUUUCAGUUGAGCAAUUAUAGACAUAACUGGUUUGAUUCUGUCCAACUCUGUAUUUAGGCCACUUGUUACUGUUUCUUCAUGCACUACUUACUGUUAAACUCUACCUUUUGCGAUUUCACAAUUUGCACCUCCACCACGAGGAAUUGGCACCUCUACCAUGAGCAGAGAGCUGAUGCAACUUAUUUUGUUGCUUGAUAGCACUUUAAAAGAUUUUUGAUAAUGAAAAAAGUAAACCGUCAACAUUUACCAAAAACUCAUGCCCCACUAUUAACAAUAAAUAAGAACUUGUUGCAUUGGUUUGAACAAGGCA